AUGGAUACCACCGACGAAAAACGCAGGGAGAAGAGGCAGACCUUCCCUGGUGCCCUCCCAUCGACAACCAAACCCCUAAGCGACAAUGUCCAGUCUCCUCCUCCAGCACUCUCACCGGCCAGGCCGUCAACUGCCCACCGCAAUUCCACAAUCAGCGUCAACAGGAUGCCGAGCAUCUUGGAGGACGAGAACGCCAUGUUCAACAAUGUCCAGAGACGAUCGAGGGUAACCAGUGUGGGCCCGUACUACCGGUACGGAGAGGAUUAUAUAACGCCGUGGGACCUAGUCGGCGUUGUGCAAUCGCCGCCUCCUCGGGCGCCGUCAAGACAGAGCACCUUCAGCUCGAGGGCCACCAACAGUGGGGACCUGCCGGACAUCGAGGCGGGAGAAGACGAGAAACUGCCCCGGGUCCGCGACGAGACCCGGAUAGCCAGGCUGGGAGGAUGGCGCCGGCUUUUGACACUCUUGUUGCUGCUGGUGGCCUCUGCCGUAGGCCUUGGAGUGGGGUUGAAAUUCGGCCUGCAUAGCUGA